UUUUAUUUAAUUUAAAAUCCCUUUUCUUUCAGUGGAUGGGUACUUAUUCCCCUUUUGCCUUUCAUAUUCGUUUUCUUCGUCGCCCCCGAAAUUUUAAGGAUAAUUUACAACGAAGAAAUGGAUGGCAUUCAAAAAGAGAAGUUGGAAGAAUUAAAUUAUCAGGUUUUCACCCCUGUGAUAAAGCUUGUGAAUCUAAUCAAAAUAUGCUAAAUACAGAAUUAAUUAAAAUACAACCACAUUAUGAACAAAAUAAACAUUUAGAAGAUCCUUUAGAAGGUUAUGGAUAA